AUGCUAAACAAGGAGGAUUAUUUACUUUCCCUUUUUGACAUAGUUGAAGGGUUUAAUAAAUGCUGUAUAUUGUAUAAGAAGAAAUAUUGCAGCAGUUUUAUUUUUUCUAGUAAUGUACUCACGAAAAAUGAAAGAAAUAAGGAUACACAGGAUUUUAAAAAAACCUUUAAUGAUUUUGUAAGUAAAAUUGAAUUUUUACACAUGCACAUUAUAGAAAAAAGCUCCUCACAGGAGAACAUUGAAAAUAUAUGUGUGAAUCUCAGUAAUUGUCAAAAGGACAAAGAGGAAUAUAAGACAAUUCAUAGCAAAAGAAAUGAUCUUUAUGGGGACCACGCUGAAGUUGAAUCGAUUCAGGAGAACGAUAGAAAUUCAAACAAUGAAAAGAAUCAGAAGGAAAGGAGUAAAAGGAAAAUAAACGAAAAUGUAGUAGGGACAAAUAACGAAGUAGAGAACAUAAAUGAGGAAGAUAAGGAAAAAACGUUAAGUCAUCCAAACAGUUACAAUGUACAAACGAAAGUGAAAAAAAUGAAUUACCAAGACACGUUCGAAGUGCUACACUCAGAUUUUAGUAUCUCAGAGGAUUCAUUGGUUAAUACAGAUUUCGAUGACGAAAAGGAGAAUUUAAUAAUUAGCAAAAUAAACGAAGUUCUAAUUAGAUACGUCACAUGUUUAGAUUACACGCUAAAUGUUAGAAGAAUAUCAAGGGUAAAUUUAAUAGAGGAAAUUAAAGAAUUUUAUAAAAUUCAUAAUAGCAGUAUCAAAUUAAAUGAAUACUCUUCCUAUUUAAAUGAUGAAACUAUAGAUACAUUAAAGAGAUGUGUGGAAAAUAAUAAUUUAAAUGUGUUGAAAAAAUAUGAAAAUAUUUUUAAAAAUAUAACAUUUUUUUUCUCUAUCCCGAAGAACUAUUUUUUUAUAAAAAAUUAUGAUGAUCAAAACAGGCACAUUUUCCCCACGUCCUAUUAUAUGUCUUAUGAAAAAGGUUUAAAUGGCAUUAAUAAUGCACAUACAUUAUCAAAUAAUUCAUCAAGUAUAAAUGGUAACAACUACAACUUAUAUACUGAUAACAUAUUAAGUGAAAAUAAUUCUUACAUUAAAUUUAACUCACCAACGUUUGGAAUGCAUGAAGAACGCCAGAUGUCUCCCAAUUUUGGUGCAGUGCAAGAAGGAAGCAAAGAUGAAAAUGAUGAAUAUAACGAAUUUGAUAACCCUUCCUAUUCACAAAAUGGUGAAACAGGUAAUGCCUGUUUUUCAUACAGUUCAAAGAAUGGACAUAAUGAAAAAAACGAUCAAGAGUUAAAUAAAGUUACAAGUUUUAUAUCAAAAAGAGGGAAUUAUAUGUGUGACUCUCCCUCUACUUUUAGUAUUGGUAACUACAAUAAUGAUGAUGAAAAUGGGAAGCCUGUUAAGUAUAAAUCAGAAUUAGAAAACUAUUAUAUGUAUGAUAUAAACAAUAUAGACAACAAAAAAAAUAAUUUACAUAGCAAUACAAGUGAUUUUUAUCAAAGUAUAAGCGACUUUUACAGAAGUAAGGAAAAUCAUAGUAAUUUUUAUGAAGAAGAUAGCAAUACUUGUAUGAAAAACAGUUCUCAUUAUUUUAAUAGCAAUGAAACAAGUGUACAAGCGAAUAAUAAAAGUUAUCAAGAAAAUGAAAAGAAUAUAAUUCAUUUUUGCUUUGAUGAUGAAUUAUCAAGUGCUAUAACUAUAAAUAAUGAAUCCUCCUUAAGUAAAGAAGUAGAUGUUUGUAAGCAUUAUCAUUUACAUGAUAAGGAUGUAAAAAAUACAAUGAGUAAAAAAUCUGAGCAGAGAAAUCAAAAUAUACCAAAUGAAGAACAUAAUGACAAGGAUGAAGAAGCAAUAGAAUAUGAAAAAGAUGAGCGCAAAUGGCUUGAUGAAUAUUGUGAGGGAGAUUACAACUUGUUUAGGUCAAAACAGAUAAAAAUGAAAAAAGAACUAAUGCUCAGUUCGUCAAAUGAUUUAUCUAUUAACGAAGUAAAAGAAAAAGAAUAUGCAAGAAAGAAGGAAAAACUGAUAGGAGAGGCAGAAAUGAAUAGUAAAACCAAUGGUAUCAACAUUUUCCCCAAGUCUAGCUAUACAGGAUGUUACAAAGAUAUAAUUACUGAUGAUCAAAAUAAUUUUGACAACACGUAUAAUUCAAUCAACUUAAAGAUCGUGUACGAAACUAACAAAAAUGAGUUCAGUUCCAAAGGGGAAAUGAAUUUUUUCCGAGGUCAAACAAUUUUAAAUAAAUAUAAAGUAGUAAAAAUUUUGUCAAAAACCAAGUUCAGUACCACGCUUAAAUGUUUAAAUAUGCUCUACAGAAAUGAUAAAACUCAGGAUGAUACAAAGCAAUUAAAUGUUUGUACACAAAGUGAGUAUGAUGAGCCUAAAAUGAGUGCUACUACUGAUGUUUUAGAAUUGAAUACAUAUACAGGUUUAAAAAACUCCAUAAGAAAAAUGAUUCCAUAUGACAAUCAUCAGUUAGACGAAGAAGAUGGUCUUUCGAAGGAAGAAUCCCUUUUGAGUAACAAAAUGAUAAGGAAAAAAAAUUACAAAUACGUUUGCUUAAAGGUAAUGAAAAAUGGAAAGAGUUUCUUAGACCAAGGACUAUUCGAAUUAAUCGUUUUAAACAUGUUAUCAAAUGAAAGUAUUGACACAAAAAAUCGUAAAAAUAACACACUUACAAAUAAGAAUAUUAUACAAUUGUAUGAUUAUUUUUAUUUUAAAGAACACUUAAUUAUAGUGACUGAAUAUAUGCAGAGUGAUUUGUACAAUUAUUUUAUUAAAAAGGGAAAACUAGGAACUUUAGGCCAAUUACAGAUAUUGGCUAAAAAUUUACUGGAAGGAUUGGCAUAUAUUCAUUCAAAAAAUUUAAUACACUGUGAUUUGAAACCUGAAAAUAUUAUGAUAAAUAUGAAAAGGGGAAAAAAGAAACUAAAAAAGUUUCAUAAAAUGAAAAAUGGAGGAAAUGAUACUGAUUCAAGUUUAUUACCUCAGGAUACCAUUAAAAAGAAAAUUGUGUCUACGCAUAAUGAUACCCCUAUGGCAGAAAAGGAUAGGAUUUGUUUAAUAGACAAUUUGAGCGAUAAGGAUUGCAGUACUGUCAAUAUAACUAUCACGAAAGAAGAAACAGAGAAGUAUAAAGGAGAAAAAAAUGAAGGAACGCAAAAAGCCGGAAUUCAUGUGUUAGAAAAAAGUGAUAGGAACGUGAGCAGCUUUUGCGAGAGUUCAUCAAAUGUAGUAGAGAACGCAUAUUUUCUGGAUAAUCAAAAGAAGAAUUCCAAAAAAUGUGAAAAAAUUUCUAUUUUUAGCAGCAAAAAAUUUGAAAAAAUAAAAAUUAUAGAUUUUAAUAGUUCUAUAUACGAAAGCGACAAACUAGAAAUGUAUGUUCAAACAAGAUCUUAUAGAUCUCCUGAAGUUCUUUUACAACAAAAUUAUGAUAAGAAAAUUGAUAUAUGGAGUUUAGGAUGUAUACUAUUUGAGUUUUUAACUAAAAAAAUUUUAUUUGAUCAUCAAAAUAUAUAUCGCUUCUUAUACUCUAUAGCGUCUUAUAUUGGACCUUUUCCAUUUUACAUGAUAAACAUCUGCAGAAUACCUUACCUUUUUACGAAACAUGGUUUAAUUAUUUUGAACAAAAUAAUCAUUGACAAAAGUUCUGAUAACUGUGUUAAGGAAGAAGUACUUGAUGAGUUGGAUGACGAACAAGUAAUAUUUAACUCAAAAGAUUUUUUUCGUUUAAAUAAACAAGAAAAUUCUACAAAUGAUUUAUUAAAAAAUAAAAAUGAAAAUCAUAGUUCUUAUUUUUUACCUAAACGAAAUCAAGAAGUUUAUUAUGAUGUUUGUUACCCGAGUGACAAUUUGCUAAAGCAUAAUUUUCAUAUUGAUGAUCUGUUGUUUAUAGAUUUCCUUUUAUCAUUGCUACAAAUUGAUCCCUGCAAGCGACCUAAUUCUGAUGAAGCGUUGAAGCACCCUUGGCUCAAGCCAAACAUUUAUCAAGAUGGCCUAUGA